GAAACCUCUUUCGAAAGCUGUUCUUCUGGUUACGCUUAAACCCCGGAAACACAGAGAGGAUGGACAGAGCCUCUGCUCCACACAUUUAAUUUGUUUGUAGUUCAAAUUAGAAACUGAAUUUGCCACGUCUUCCAAGAUGUCUGCAUCAGCUAUUUUUAUUCUGGAUCUGAAAGGCAAGGUGUUGAUAUGUCGGAAUUACAUGGGGAAUAUGGAUAUGGGUGAGAUCGAUCACUUCAUGCCCAUUAUGAUGAAGAAUGAGGAGGAUUCCGAACUCUCCCCUGUCCUGAGCCACGGAUCGACUCAUUUCCUUUGGAUCAAGCACAGCAACCUCUACCUGGUUGCAAUGACUAAGAAGAACUCCAAUGCAGCCCUUGUGUAUUCAUUUCUGUACAAAAUAGUUGAGGUUUUCACAGAGUAUUUCAAGUCACUGGAGGAGGAGAGCAUCCGGGACAACUUUGUGACUGUAUAUGAACUCAUGGAUGAGAUCAUGGACUUUGGCUUCCCCCAGACCACAGAAAGUAAAGUCUUACAGGAGUACAUCACCCAGCAGGGACACAAGCUGGAGGUGGGGGCUCCUCGACCCCCCGCCACAGUCACCAACGCCGUGUCCUGGAGGUCCGAGGGCAUCAAGUACCGGAAGAAUGAAGUCUUCAUGGACGUCAUUGAAUCUGUCAACUUACUGGUUAGCGCCUCAGGCAGUGUCCUUCGCAGCGAGAUCAUGGGCUGCAUCAAGCUCAAAGUCGUCCUGUCUGGCAUGCCCGAGCUUCGCCUGGGCCUCAACGACAAAGUGCUCUUCGAGAACACGGGCAGGGAGAAGAGCAAGGCAGUGGAGCUGGAGGAUGUGAAGUUCCACCAGUGUGUCCGGCUCUCGCGCUUCGAGAAUGACCGCACCAUUUCUUUCAUCCCACCCGACGGGGAAUCAGAGCUGAUGUCCUACCGCCUGAACACCACGAUGAAGCCUCUGUUUUGGAUUGAGAGUGUGAUCGAGAAGUUCUCGCACAGCCGAGUGGAGAUCAAGGUGAAGGCUCGCAGUCAGUUCAAGAGCCGCUCCACGGCCAACAACGUGGUCAUCCUGGUGCCGGUGCCCAGUGAUGCCGACUCGCCUAAGUUCAAAACCAGCACGGGCAGCGCCAAGUGGGUCCCGGAGAAGAAUGCCCUGGAGUGGACCAUCAAAUCCUUCCCUGGGGGAAAGGAGUACAUGAUGAGAGCUCAUUUUGGACUGCCGAGUGUGGAAAGUGAUGAAUUGGAGGGAAAGCGACCAAUCACAGUCAAGUUUGAGAUCCCUUAUUUCACCGUCUCUGGAAUCCAAGUGCGCUAUCUGAAGAUUAUUGAGAAGAGUGGUUACCAGGCUCUGCCAUGGGUUCGUUACAUCACACAAAGUGGAGAUUACCAGUUGCGGACAAAUUAGGAAGCAGCCAAACAGCCCCAGUGAAUCCUCUCUGCCUCGGAUCUCUUUUUCCUCUGGACAUUCCCGCAUGUCGACAGGAGAGGAUCAGAGGCUGGAAGAAGCCAGUCAAGUAACUUGAAUAAGCAACACACCAGCUUUUAUUAUGCUUCCAGAGCGUUGCGCCUGUGGGUGGUCUUUUCACCUGCAGACUCUUUUUUUUUUAUCUAAGCAGAGACUGGACUCAUCAGUGAGGACUUAAAAUUUACACUUUUUUUAUUUUACGGUUGGACUUUAUUGUCCAUCACAGUCACUGUGUGUUUUAGUGGAAGUGGUGUAAUAUCUGGGGGAAGAUUGAGGAUUAUUGAGCCUAUCAGAAGUUACAGUACCCUGUAUGGUUUUAUUACUGUGAGGGUUGUAAGCAUAAUAUCCCGGCCCAUGAAAUGAACACCAAGAGCACGAGAUCAAUGAUUUAUAAGCCUCAGCUUCACUAAAGCAAUGUUGUAACACUAUACCCAAACUAGACUAUCGCCAGGAGCAGGAGGCCAGAGAUCUGAAUAAUGCAGUCAUUUCCCUUACUUUCUCAUGCCACUUGCUAUUAGAGCAUGGCACAUGGCAGACAAAAACUAUACCCUGACUUAAAACUUAAAGACAAUAUGUGAAAACUUAAAUGGACUAAACGUGUGGCCAGAAAUGACUGGCACGUUCGAUGACAGCCACUUUUAGUCGUAAGGAUCCCAGUGAACAUUCUCCUUUUACAGAAAACUGGCAGAACUGAGAAUGUCUUGCAGGGAUGUUAAUGCUGUGCUUCCAAAGUUCUGACACUGCCCUCACAUUCAGUCUUUUGCGGGUCCUUGCAGGUACUGCCACAGGGAAUAUGCUCUCUGUCCGCCCUGCUCAGUAUGCAUCACACUCCUGGCGUUAUCAGUGAUGGUCCCCGCCUGCUGGAAUGUAGUUUGGCUUUACUGCAAAGCCAGCAGAAUUCAUUAUUCGUUGUUGGUUUAUGAAGACUGAACUUUUUUGGUUCACUUAUGCUGCACACAUUACAGUGUGAUAACCUCCUAAUAUUUAUUCCACUAUAUACUUGUAUACUUGUGUAUUUAAUAAAGAUGUUAUGCAUUCAUUGGGCAAUAAAAGGGUAAUUUUAAGAAAAACAAACAAAUAAACACAUUUUAUCAGCAUAA